CUGCGUAGCAAAGCUGUAAUGGAGAAGUUUUUCUUUCAAUAAUAAAAUAUAAAUAAAGAAAAUUUAUAUUGGUUUUUAAAUAAAAUUUUAAACAGCUCUUGUUUACAGUUUGUGGCUUUAUAAAAGUGACAUGCAAAAUUUUGUAUAUAUUGUCUAGUUUUUUAGAUUUUAUUGUGCAAUGAUAAUAUACGUCAGCGUUUGAUUUUCGUCCAUAUAGGAUAAUAUGGAUCAAGCCCAAGGACAUAUGCAAGGGUUUCAUCAGUUGAGCAUUACAGUGGAAUGUGCUCACUUGAGAAGCAGUGCAUUCCUUAAACCAACUCCAUAUGUAGAAAUCACAGUAGACGACCAAAGCCCUCGUAAAACUGAAACUGUAAAAACCACUACUCAACCCAAAUGGAAUGAAACAUUUACACUCUUAGUUACACCGCAUUCAAAAAUAAAUUUCUCUGUCAUGGACCAUAACAAUUUUCGUAAAGAUACAAUUAUAGGAGAGAAAAAAGUGGAACUUUUCCAACUGUUAACCCACUUUAAUGGCAAGUGUGAUAAUUUGGAUUUAACUUUAGAUUUGAUUAAUGAAAAUAAACAGACCGAUUCUCCAGUUAAAGUAGGUGAACUGAUGUGUACUUUGAAGGGGUUAACUCUUGAUAUGUCUAAUUACGUGCGUCCAAAUGGAUCGAUGCCUUUAGCACAAAGCAAUAGCGAUACACCUCAUCGUAGUGUCUUGAAUGGGAUUAGAGCUAAAUUGAGAGGUCACGGAACAGAAAAUGUUAUACCAGCUUCAUCUAGAAAUAGCUCUGAAAGACAGGCUUUAAUUGCAACACCACAAAUAGCUUUAUCACCAAGUUCUAAUAAUAUUCCUAAUGGCACCAUAGGCCCGCCCGCAACGGUUCCAAAUGGUAAUGUAAUUACUUCAGAGUCGGAUGAAAAUCGAGCAGAAUCUGAACCACUUCCUCCUGGUUGGGAAAUGAGAUUUGACACUUAUGGGAGGCGUUAUUAUGUUGAUCACAAUACAAGAUCAACUUCUUGGGAGCGGCCACAGCCUUUACCUCCUGGUUGGGAGAUGAGACGAGAUCCGAGAGGACGUGUUUAUUAUGUAGAUCAUAAUACAAGAACUACAACAUGGCAACGACCUAAUUCAGAGAGGUUGCAACAUUAUCAGCAAUGGCAGGGACAAAGACAGCAUAUUGUUCAGCAAGGUAACCAAAGAUUCUUAUAUCCCCAACAUCAACCUGGUCCAAUGCCUGGCCCUUCUGUGAUAGCAGAUGAUGAUGACGGUCUAGGUCCUUUACCAUCGGGUUGGGAAAGGCGUGUUCAACCAGAAGGACGUGUAUAUUUUGUGAAUCAUAAAAAUCGUACAACCCAGUGGGAGGAUCCAAGAACACAAGGACAGGAAAUUAGUGAUAUAGAUGAACUGCCUUUGCCUCCAGGUUGGGAGAUUAGAUACACUGAAGAUAAUAAGAGAUAUUUUGUCGAUCAUAAUACGAAAACAACAACGUUUGAUGACCCCAGGCCAGGGGCUCCAAAAGGUCCUAAAGGUGUAUAUGGCGUACCUAGAGCAUACGAAAGGUCUUUUAAAUGGAAGAUUAGUCAGUUUAGGUUUUUAUGUCAAAGUAAUGCUUUACCAAGCCAUAUCAAGAUUCAAGUUUCUCGACAGACUUUAUUUGAAGAUUCUUUUCAUACAAUAAUGCGUCUCCCUGCAUAUGAGCUACGUCGUAGACUGUAUAUAAUAUUUAAAGGUGAAGAAGGUUUAGAUUAUGGGGGUGUAAGCAGAGAAUGGUUCUUUUUAGUAUCACAUGAGGCAUUAAAUCCUAUGUACUGUUUAUUUGAGUACGCAAACAAAAACAAUUAUAGUUUACAAAUUAAUCCAGCAUCAUAUGUCAAUCCUGAACACUUGACAUAUUUCAAAUUUAUUGGACGAUUUAUCGCUAUGGCUUUGUAUCAUGGUCGAUUUAUCUAUUCCGGCUUCACGAUGCCAUUCUAUAAGAGGAUGCUCGGUAAAAAGCUUAUCAUGAAAGACAUUGAAAGCAUCGAUCCGGAAUUUUACAAUUCCCUUGUUUGGAUUAAAGAAAAUAAUAUCGACGAAUGCGGAUUAGAAUUAUACUAUAGUGUCGAUUUUGAGGUAUUGGGCCAAGUAGUUCACCAUGAGCUAAAAAAGAAUGGAGAUAAAGAACGUGUUACAGAAGAAAACAAGGAAGAAUAUUUGAGUCUAAUGACUGACUGGCGUAUGACGAGAGGUAUUGAGCAACAAACUCAAGCAUUUUUAGAUGGAUUCAAUGAGGUUGUACCAAUUGAAUGGCUCAAAUAUUUUGAUGAACGCGAAUUGGAACUUUUAUUGUGUGGAAUGCAGGAAAUUGAUACUGAAGAUUGGCAAAGACAUACAAUUUACAGGCACUAUACAAGAAACAGUAAACCAGUUGUUUGGUUCUGGCAAUUUGUGAAACAAUCGGAUAAUGAAAAACGAGCACGGUUGCUACAGUUUGUGACAGGUACUUGUCGAGUACCUGUUGGCGGUUUUGCUGAACUAAUGGGAUCAAAUGGUCCACAACGAUUUUGUAUUGAAAAAGUGGGAAAAGAAUCUUGGCUACCUAGAUCACACACAUGUUUCAAUCGUCUCGAUUUACCACCAUACAAAAGUUAUGAACAGUUAGUGGAAAAACUCACUUAUGCGAUUGAGGAGACCGACACAUUCGGACAAGAAUAAAUAUAAAUGUUUAUCUGUACCUGAUUCCAACAUGUCACUUUUUUUGUUGUCACAAAACAUAUAUUAUUUGCUUUUUUGUCUACUUGAUUUCAUAAAGGGCCUGAUGAAUAAUAAACAAUAUUUUAUUAAAAAUUGUAAAUAUAUAUACCGUGAAAAUAUAAUAGAUGGUCAGGUUUUUUGUCAAGUUCUACGAUUUCUUUGAAACAGUAUUGUGCUUCUGCAAUUUGUUUUAAAUUGUAUUUAAAUGUGAUACCUUAGAAAUAUAUUGGCCUAGUUUAUUUUGUAGUCUUUACUUAAUGUAUAUAUGUAUUACAAAAUAACAAGUAUGUUAAAAAAGCAUUCAGAUGUAAAAUUCAUAUUUGUAAAUUUAUAAACAUUCCAAAAUAUUACUUUGAUUUUAAAGCAUAUUAAUAAUUAAUUAUAAGGCCUCAACUAGAACCAAAGUUAUUUUUUUUUGUCGAUUAAAAAAAU